AUGAAUAAUGAUACACUAUCUUUGACGAGCGACAAAGUGUAUGAAAGCUCAGAUGUCACAUUCAACGAUACAAUAUUCAAAGAACUUAACAAUACAAAAAAUACCAACAAAACUGUAUCUGGAUACGACAGUUUUCUUUGCGAUAAUUUUUUGCCAUCAGAAAGUGUCCUCGCAACUGAAUGGUUUCAAACGACAGUUUAUUUUCUAUAUGGAAUAAUAUUUGUCGUAGCCUUGGUUGGGAAUGCCCUAGUUUGUUACGUCGUAUGGAGCAGUCCACGCAUGAAAACUGUGACAAAUUUCUUUAUUGUAAAUUUGGCAUUUAGUGACAUUCUUAUGACUUUUUUUUGCGUACCCACAAGCUUUGUGAGCACACUUAUACUUCAGUACUGGCCAUUUGGCGCCGAAAUGUGUCCGAGUGUCAAUUACUCUCAGGCAGUAUCAGUACUGGUAAGUGCUUAUACCCUUAUCGCUAUCAGCAUUGACCGUUAUAUUGCAAUAAUGUGGCCCCUGAAGCCCCGAAUGAGUAAAGGUCAAGCGAAACUAUCGAUUUUGGCGGUUUGGUUGGUCGCAUUAACUACUUCUUCACCUAUUGCAAUGGUGUCCUGUUUAUCUCAACCUGAUCCACGAUACAUCGUGUGCAAUCGAUACGUUUGCUCCGAGCAAUGGCCGACAACUCAACAACAGUAUUACUACUCAAUCGCACUACUGAUUUUGCAAUAUUUCGUUCCAUUCGUGGUUUUGAUAUUUACUUAUAUGAGCAUUGGGAUUAGAGUUUGGGGAAAAAGACCUCCAGGCGAAGCGGAAAAUACACGAGACCAGAGAAUGGCAAGAUCGAAACGCAAGAUGGUAAAGAUGAUGAUAAUUGUAGUCGCGGUAUUUACAACUUGCUGGUUACCUUACAACGCACUUCUGCUAUUACUCCAUAAUAAUGAAGGCGUUUCAAGCUGGAGUGGAUUGCCAUUCAUUUGGGCUGCUCUUCACUGGCUCGCGAUGUCCCAUUCCUGUUACAAUCCUGUCAUAUAUUGUUGGAUGAAUGCCAGAUUCAGAACAGGGUUUAUAACAGCAUUUAGUAGAAUACCAGGAUUGAGUAGAUAUCUUAAAGAUUCACGAAUUAAUACUCAUCAUCACAGUGAUAUUCCUGGUAUGGCACUUGCAGGAGUUGACGGUGCCAAUAAUUCAGUAUUGAAACGUAUAAACACAUGUACGACUUACGUAAGUGUAAGAAGAAAAGCUGGUUCGAAUCACGGGAUGCCCGUGCGAAGUGCCAGCUUUCGACACACGGAUACUUUUAAGCCUGCAAGUAGUCAAUCGCAACGACACUUUAUUAAGCUCGAGCUUCAACACGAAGAGUCCAUUUAAUUUAAAUCAUAAGAGGACAAUCAUCUAUAUUUAUAUACGUACAUAUAUAAUAUAUAGAUUGAUAAAAAAUUUUGUAUAAAUUUUUUAAAAUAAAAUUUAUAUCUGUUAAUUAAAUACAGAGUUUAGUACAAAGAUAAUUAAAUUUUUAA